AUGACAGGGUCACAGGAUUCCCAAAACCGCGCUCGUCCAGCGGCCACCCUCAGGCCAGCCUCUCUCAACGAUACCAAAGCGAUCUCUGAACUUGGCGCCCAUGUCUUCUCCCUCACAUUUGGCCACUCCGUAGAGCCACACGAACUCAAAACAUUCCUAGAUGAGGCUUACAGCCUAGAAGCUAUCCAAAAAGACCUCAGCGACCCCAACAAAGACACAAUUGUCGCAGUUGAUCCAACCGGGGACCUCCUCGGCUUUGCCAUGCUCACGCGAGGCUCUUCGGACCCAUGCAUCACACAUCUGGACGGCACCGUGGAACUGCAAAGGAUAUACAUGUAUCCCAAGGCACAAGGCAGCGGAGCUGCAAAGCUCUUGGCAGACCACUUAGAAAACAUUGCUAGAGAGCAAGGGUUCAGGCACAUCUGGUUGGGCGUCUGGGAGGAGAACCUUCGAGCGCAAAAGGCAUACGAGAAGUGGGGGUACAAAGAAUGCGGAACCCACGACUUUGCAGUUGGUUCGGUGAUUCAAACUGAUAAUAUUAUGAUGAAGAAGCUUUAA